AUGUCCAAAGGUCUACGAGCAAGCGAUCUCAGAAAGCCGCGAUUCUACUCGUAUGAGAUGUACGUGCCCACGAGGAAGCGGGUCCACGUAAAGGAAAACAAGUGGUCCGACCCCGCGACACAAGUGUGGCCACAGAACCUCUUUCUGUGCAAGUAUCUGGAAAUGCGAGCGGAGGGCAACGGCCUAGAAGCAUUCCAAGGAACUACUGUUCUGGAACUGGGGUCCGGUUGUGGACUGGUUGGGAUGGUAGCGGCGCUCCUAGGAGCCUCGGUGACAGUCUCUGACUUGGGAAAAGGACUUCCAUUGCUGCAACAUAACGUUGAGGCUUUCAGAGCGGAGUGGAAAAACCAAGUGCAGAUCGGCUGUGACGAUACUGCCACAAUGGAGUCAAGAUUCUCCCUGGAGGAGAGCGGAAGAGGCCCUCCUUUCAAUAUCGUCAUCUGCAGCGAUGUCUGGGCAGAGCGAGAACUUCGGCGUUCUUUCCUGCUCCUCCUUCUCAAGGCCGUGGCGGCUGACUCUGAGGUGCUGAUGUGCCACACGUGGCGCAAUCCAGACAGCAACAAAACCGGCCCUGGCUCGGCUGUGCAAGAGCAGAGGGAUCUUAUGACUCGCCUUUCACACAUUUUUGACGUGGAGGAGAUCGAGACAGAAGAUACGAUCAGGGCGUACUGUAGGCGAUUGCACGGCGGGUCCUACUUCCUUCGCAGUCAGAGCACCAUCGACAUUCAAGAGUCAUCCGACGCGGAAGGCCGCAUCACCAUACUACGCCUGACUUGUAGACAGGCGAUAAAAGACAAUCCUGCACUUCUAGAGGAGGAACUGAAGAGAGAGAUUGCUCUGCACCGACAGAGGUCAAACACCGACAAUAAACAAGACCAAGCGCGGCCUUCCAUCGCCUCAGCCGCUCAGCUGGUGGAGGCAAAGAAAAGCGACAGAAGCGUGGACUCUAGUCCAGCUGGGACAGCUCUCCCGCAACUGCCAACGCAGAAACGCUUGCUCUCAGUGACUUACAGCAGCGAUGACCCUACAAGGUCUGGACGUGGGCGUGUUCUCCGCCAGCGCGUGAGUUCCACGGUAAAGGCUCUGAGUGUGUCUUCGCGUGACAUAUCUACAAAAGGGGUACCCCCGACCGUGGCAGGCGGCCCUGGAGCGAAAAGGCCCGUAACUGCUUCAUCUCUUCGGACGAAGACCAGUAGACCUUCAAGCAGCGUUCGGAAGUCAGUGGGUGGGAGUGGAGACUCUCAGUCCGGAUCUUCCACAGCCCCCGCGAAAGAACCGCUGACAUCGCUCUCCACGUCCAGUGUUGGAGGGGAACUGGCCAUCGCAUGCGCGCCAUCACCACACCGCGCGGCGUCAAGGCAGCGAGCAGAACCUGACCGUGGAGAAACGAGGCUGCGACCUGCUUCAGGUGCUGGCUCCCCACAGCGACUCAUGCAGCGGACUCCAUCAGCAGCCUCUCGAGGGAUUCCUUCGAACGCAACGGGGCCCCAGCGCAAAGUCGAAGGAAGACCGCCAACUGCGGUCACCAGCACGGACGCCACGCUCGUACCCUUUGCAAACGACGCAACGACUAUCGCCAAGUCUCCAGUCGCUAGAAGAAGUCACCCACUUCCUCAAGGACGGCAAAUUACAGCUGCUGGAGCUCGAGGCAAAGCGAGUGCUGACACGAAUCUGCCUGGGCGUUCGCAUGUAGCAGCUGGCGGGGACAGCUUGGGUGCGGCCGCCGACCACCAGAGACCUUCCCCCUCCUCCGCAGCAAGUCGAUCUCUCUCAAUCGCUUCCCUCGCUCCAUCAACGGGGUCCGGAAGACGCUCAUCUGUGGACCGAUAUGCAGCUGCCCUAGCCCAAAAGUGCACAGCAGGCGCAGGCGAGCAGAAUGGGAUCGCCCCAACCGCGGUGCAAAGUCCGCUUGCGAUCCACCUGCCUCCGCGCAGUGGAUCGCCCUCCGCAGGACUGACUCCUGCGCAGCGCACGUCUGCGCUCGGUGCACCUGACGCGGAUACAGGACCGGAUUCGGCCUGUCAACUGCAAGGCGCGCAUGAUCUGCCUGCCACGGGAAUCGAGCACCGCUCAACCUCUAGCCGCAAGGUAUCAGGACAUCCUGCACUCGCGGCUCAAAAGCCAACCAAGACGGGACUCGUCGGCAGGCUGUCUUCGCUCCUCCGCCGCCCCGACAGAGCUGCAGCAGCCACAGGACGCGGAUUCGGUGACGGCGCUGGCGCGGCAGGCGUGGAGACUGACAAUGCAAAACUGAGGAGACGGAGCGCGAGCAGAACUGGGGGGCACCUAAAGAAACCUAGUAGCAGUACCAGUGCGCCGGCCAAGCCAUGA